AACAAAGGCUAGGCGCGUGACUGCGUCGGUUGCUCCUUGGUUUCUCGCCACUGCGCACGCGCAGGUACGGACAGACUCACGGCGGUAGGGCGGUUGCGGCGAGAAAGAAGACGAAGAAGAGGAGGUGGUGGAGGAGAAAGAGGAGGAGGAGGAGGAGGCGACAUGAGCGUCAACUGGGGCGCGGAGCUGUGGGACCAGUUUGACAAUCUGGAGAAACACACCAGCUGGGGCAUCGACUUCCUGGAGAAGUACACCAAGUUUGUCAAAGAGCGAGCCGACAUCGAACUCAACUACGCCAAACAGAUGAGGAGCCUGUCAAAGAAGUAUCUUCCCAAGAGGAGCAGAGAAGAUGACAGCAGGUACACGUGGUGCGCCGCCUUCGGCGCCACCCUGGCCCAGCUGGCUGAGCUGGCGGCGCAGAGAGAGGAAGUGGCCGACAGGCUGGGCUCGCACGUCGCCACCGACCUCGGCAGGUUCACGCAGGAGCUCAAGGCCGAGAGGAAGUCGCAUUUCCAAGAUGGCCGCCGUGCCCAGCAGCACAUUGAAAAUUCCUGGAAGCAACUGGAGUCUGCCAAACGGCGUUUUGAGCGCGACAGCAAGGAGGCCGAGCGAGCGCGGCACACGUGCGACAGGAUGGACGACGACGUGGACGCCGAGAAGCGCUGCUCCCUGAAGGCCCGUCAGGCGGCGCAACAAAAGCAGCUAACGGCCCGAGAGUCCGAGAAGGAAUAUUUGAACGCUUUGAGCCAGUUUAACCGGGACCAGCACCAGCACUACCGCACCAUGGUUCCCGUCAUCUACCAGCGCAUCCAGGAAAUGGAGGAGCGGCGCAUCGAGCGCGUGGGCGCGGCCAUGCGCUCGUCGGCCGAGGCGGAGAAGAAAUCGCUUCCCGUUCUCAGCCGUUGUCUGGACGCCAUGAUGGAGGCCGCCCAGAGUAUCCACGCCCGCACGGACACGCUGGCGGUGGUGCACGCGUACAAGUCGGGCUUCGAGCCGCCGGGCGACGUGGACGUGGAGGAGCAUGCCGCCGCCGCCGCCAUGAGGCGGAGCGUGUCCGAGUCCAGCUACCUGGACGGCCACGUGGAGGGACGCAGGCGGGGCAGGAAGCUGUGGCCUUUCCUCCGCAGGAACAAGUUGCUGAAUCUGCUGCCGUCACCUCGCCAGCCCCCACCACCGCCGCCUGCAUCGCCUUCUCCGGGGGGCGGGGUCGGCAGCCCACAGUCCCCUCCCCCAGCCGCCAGGGAGCCCAUCGGGCGGCGCCUCAACGACCUCAUGACCUCCGGCUCCCGGAGCAGGAAGCAGUGCCUGCGCAACAUCAAGAGAGGACUGUCACUCAAGCUGGGCUCCUCCCCUGCGGACUGCAGCCACCUUCCCGUCGAGCAACGACGGAAUAAGCUUCAAAACCGAAUUCGCCGCAUCGGACAAGAGAUCCUGCGAGAGCGAGAGCAAAGGGAGGCGCUGGUGAAGAUGAAGGCGGUGUACAACCAGAACCCCACGCUGGGAGACGGCGCCGCCCUGGAGCCACGAUUGGACGAGGUCAGGCAGAGCCUGCACAGUCUGGAGGAGGAGCUUCGGAACAACCAGGCGUGGCUGGCGGAGGCCGAGCAGGGCCUGAGCGCGCGUCUCCCGCCUGACCCGACGUGCACACCGGGAACUGGGAAACGGAUGGAGGCCACCGGUCCGGACAGCAGAGAAAGUCCCGACGGCAGCUACACGGAAGAGCCCGGCGCCGAGCUCCACUUCUCCAAGUCCCGGAGCUCCGACUUUGACGACGACUUUGACGACGAGCCGCCGCCGCCCAGCAUCGGAACCUGCAAGUCGCUCUACCCGUUCCGAGGUCAAAACGAGGGCACGCUGUCCAUGGGUGAGGGGGAACUUUUGAGCGUGGUGGAGGAGGACAAAGGUGACGGGUGGACGCGCGUGCGCAGGAACGCGGAUGAAGAAGGAUACGUGCCCACCUCCUACAUCAAAGUCUUCAUUGAGGCCAAAGGCUUUGUGCAGGCGAGUCGUCUGGUGUGAGGAGACAGCAGAUGGCGGCGGCGACAUCCUUACGGUCACACCUUUGGUAACCAUGGUCACGGUGGUCUCCUUGGUAACUGCACUAAGCUAAAUUCUGUCUCAGUGCGAGUACACGCAGACGCCCACCCUUCAGUCAAGGAAAGUUUCAAAGUUGUGUUCGGGCUUUCCGUUUGGCGCCACUCGGGAUGGAAAACCUUCAAAUCAAAAAACUCCAUUUUGAAGUCGUAAUGUAGGAAGAGCUUAGUGUGUAAAAUUGGACUCCCGUGCAAGCCCACUGUCGUCGUCGUCGUGUCUUAUUUUCUACGUGGUUUUUUUUGGGGGGUUUUUCAACCCCUUCCUGUAUGUGCCCCGUUUCGAAGUAAAAUAACUCGACUCAGCCUGUGA